AUGGAGGCACGAAACACCAAUUCAUACUUGGCUACGAGACCUGCGGUCUUGGGGCUUGCCAAGAUCCUCGUCCUCUCUCUUUCCCAGCUCCCAAUAGUGCGAGCUGCACCAAUACACGCUUCCUACCUGUUCUUUGCGGCGGAGGAGGAAGAGGGAAAAGACCCGGAGGACCCUACUUUAUGGAUAUACCUGAGUGUCGCGGCAGCUUUAGUCCUGCUUGGAGGAGCAUUUGCCGGCUUGACUAUUGCUCUUAUGGGACAGGAUGAGAUCUAUCUGCGAGUUAUCCGAGAUUCAGGAGAAGGAGCCGAGAAGAAACAUGCCGCCAAAGUGCUGAAUCUCUUGCGGAAAGGGAAGCACUGGGUGCUUGUAACAUUACUCCUGAGUAAUGUCAUCACGAAUGAAACGCUACCUAUAGUACUCGAUCGUUCGCUGGGCGGUGGAUGGCCGGCUGUCUUAGGAUCGACCGUUCUUAUCGUCAUUUUCGGUGAAAUUGUCCCCCAGUCUGUGUGCGUUCGAUACGGAUUACCGAUCGGUUCAUGGAUGGCUCCGUUUGUUACCGCCCUCAUGUACAUCCUCGCUCCGGUCGCAUGGCCAACGGCGAAGCUACUAGACUAUUUGCUGGGAGAAGAUCAUGGGACAGUGUACAAAAAGACAGGCUUAAAGACUUUGGUCUCCUUACACCGCAGUUUGGGAGAGCCCGGACAACAGCUCAAUGCGGAUGAAGUCACGAUCAUCAGUGCCGUGCUCGAUCUAAAGGAGAAGUCUGUUGGAAGCAUCAUGACUCCAAUGGAAGAUGUCUUCACUUUGUCUCUCGAUGAUGUCCUGGACGAGCCUACGAUGGACGACAUUCUGUCCCGCGGAUACUCACGAAUCCCUAUUCACCAUCCAGACAACGACUCGAACUUCAUCGGGAUGCUGUUGGUCAAGAUGCUGAUCACAUACGAUCCUGAAGACGCAAAACCUGUUCGAGACUUUGCAUUGGCGACUUUGCCGGAGACGAGGCCAGACACAAGCUGCUUAGAUAUCGUGAAUUUCUUCCAGGAAGGGAAAUCGCACAUGGUUCUUGUGUCCGAAUAUCCUGGUGACGACCAUGGCGCACUUGGUGUGGUCACACUGGAGGAUGUGAUUGAAGAGUUGAUUGGAGAAGAAAUUGUUGACGAGUCUGAUGUCUUCAUUGACGUACACAAAGCCAUCCGGCGAGCAAUGCCUGCACCUACGCGACGCAUUCCAAGAGCCUACUUAGUAGCUGAACAACACCCAUCGACCGGUACCACGACCGAUUUGGUGGAUAUUGGUGAAGGCGAACCCCUGGAAAACGGCGAACUACAAAAGACAAAGACUGGUGAUAAUCCGCAAGUGGCAAAGAUCUUGAGUAAUGCUCGUCGUCGAUCCAGUGCGGGAAAUAGCUUGCCUGGUGAGACAAAGCCUGGUCAAAGAUUGAUCCGGGCAGGCACGGACGAGGCCCUCAGGGAACAGCUGAAACAUCUUGGUCAUCUUGGACCCUCAAAUCUCGCAAGCAGGCCUAGGUCAACGAAGUACACCACGGUGAAGAUCAAACCCGGCACAGAAACCAUGGUCAAAAAUGACGUUCCUGACGGUCGACAAUCAAUCUCUCGGCGAGUUUCGGAGUCUGCCUCGGAUUACCAUGGAGGGAUCGGCGAGGGCAUCGUAAAGUCGGGAGGCAAAGAUGCUAGCGACGGAGUACAGGCUCUGAAGCAGGGCUAUGGAACCAUUUCCGAAUCACCUAAUGGCCGGCCACCCAGUCGCACAAAGGGUGUCCAAGCUAAUCUCCCACCCAGCCCAACUCUCUCAAGGCGGGCUGAUGGUGCUGCGGACCAUGACCAUGAUCGGUCAGAGUCUCGCCCAGUAGCGACAAAAUCUGCCAGCCACAGCACAAUAGGUAGCCUACCUGGAUCGAGGUCUCAAUCGAGAAGUCCCAUCUACCGGUCCAAAGGACCUGCUCGAAGUGGUAGCAUCACGGAAAAUAUCAUCGACGCUAACGGCUUCCGCAAAGUCGUCCUCGAGACAACAUCCAGCGAGUCGAAUGAGGAGGAAGACCACAAUGGGACGAACAACGGUCACCCGUCAGCUGGCCAAGAGGAAGGUUCGAGUGUGAACCCUCGAGGUGGAAACCCCGCUAGUGGACAUGGCGAGGCAGCGAAAAAGAAAAAAAAGAAGAAACGCAAAAACAAGCAUGCAAAGGGAGAACGCGAACCACUGUUGGGGGACAAACAAAGCUAG